GUCGAGGUUGCGUUCGGGGACGGGGGUCUGCGUCCGGGUUCGGCUGCCGCUCUCUGCGGUCACCAUGAAGCGAGACGUGCGCAUCCUGCUGCUGGGCGAGGCCCAGGUAGGAAAAACGUCAUUGAUCCUGUCGCUGGUGGGCGAGGAGUUCCCCGAAGAGGUCCCCCCUCGGGCAGAAGAGAUCACCAUUCCCGCGGACGUCACCCCAGAGAAGGUUCCCACCCACAUCGUGGAUUACUCAGAAGCUGAGCAGACAGCCGAGGAGCUCCAGGACGAGAUUCAGAAGGCCAGCGUGGUGUGUGUGGUAUAUGACGUGUCGGAGGAGACCACCGUCGAGAAGAUCCGAACCAAAUGGAUCCCACUGGUGAAUGGGGACACCAGGAGGGGUCCCAGGGUCCCCAUCAUCCUGGUGGGCAACAAGUCGGACCUGCGGCCGGGGGGCUCCAUGGAGGCUGUGCUGCCCAUCAUGAGCCAGUUCCCUGAGAUCGAGACCUGCGUGGAGUGCUCGGCCAAGAACCUGAAAAACAUCUCGGAGCUGUUCUACUACGCACAGAAGGCUGUGCUGCACCCCACCGCCCCCCUCUAUGACCCUGAGGCCAAGCAGCUGAGGCCCGCUUGCGCCCAGGCCCUCACCCGCAUCUUCAGGCUCUCAGACCAGGACAUGGACCAGGCGCUCAGUGACCAGGAGCUCAACGCUUUCCAGACGUGCUGCUUCGGGCACCCUCUGGCCCCGCAGGCCCUGGAGGACGUGAAGCUGGUGGUGAGCAGGAACGUGGCGGGAGGCGUGCAGGACGACCGGCUGACCCUGGACGGCUUCCUUUUCUUGAACACGCUCUUCAUCCAGCGGGGCCGCCACGAGACCACGUGGACCAUCUUGAGGCGCUUUGGCUACAGCGACUCGCUCGAGCUGACGCCCGACUACCUCUUCCCCGCGCUCCACGUGCCCCCCGGCUGCAGUGCGGAGCUCAACCACCAAGGCUACCAGUUUGUGCAGAGGAUGUUUGAAAAGCACGACCAGGACCGGGACGGCGCCCUCUCGCCGGCGGAGCUCGAGAGCCUCUUCAGCGUGUUUCCCGGCCCUCCUUGGGGUCCCCAGCUCCCCGACACCGUCCGCACCGAGGCCGGUCGGCUGCCCCUGCACGGGUACCUCUGCCAGUGGACCCUGGUGACCUACUUGGACGUCCGGCGCUGUCUCGAGCACCUUGGCUACCUGGGCUACCCCACCCUCUGCGAGCAGGACUCGCAGGCGCACGCCAUCACAGUCACCAGGGAGAAGAGGCUGGACCAGGAAAAGGGGCAGACGCAGCGAAACGUCCUCUUGUGCAAGGUGCUGGCCCGGGGAGUGGGCAAGUCCUCCUUCCUGCGGGCCUUCCUCGGCCGUGGCCUAGGGGAUGCCCGGGGGCCCCCGGAGGAGCCCUCCGUCUACGCCAUCGACACGGUGCGGGUCGGCGGCCAGGAGAAGUACCUGAUCCUCUGCGAGGUGGCCGCGGACAGCCUGCUGACGGCCGAGGCCGACGCCUCCUGUGACGUUGCCUGCUUGAUGUUUGACAGCAGUGACCCUGGCUCCUUCGCUCUGUGCGCCAGCGUCUACAAGCGCCACUACAUGGACGGGCAGAUCCCCUGCCUGUUCAUCUCCUCCAAGGCCGACUUGCCCGAAGGCCUCUCGCCACCCGGCCUGUCCCCGUCGGAGUUCUGCCGCCGGCACCGGCUGCCCGCUCCGACCCUGUUCUCCUGCGCUGGCCCGGCCGAGCCCAGCACGGCCGUCUUCGCCCGGCUUGCCACCAUGGCCACCUUCCCACACCUUGUCCACGGGGAGCUGCACACCACCUCCUUCUGGCUCCGGGUGGCGCUGGGGGCUGUUGGGGCCGCUGUCGCCGCCAUCCUCAGCUUCUCACUCUACAGGGUCCUGGUGAAGAGCCGAUGAGCCCCAGGACCCCACCGUCUGAUCUCAGGGCCCCUUGGGCACUGGCGUGGGGCCACCUGCUCGGGGGGUGGGGAGGGCGAGGAGCAGGUGUGCUCCGUCUCAGCUUCCCUUCUGAGGCCAGCCCUGCUGCCACCUUAGCCCCAAGGGUGGGCUCCCAGCCCCUAGCACCCGACCCUGCCGAGGACACUGGGCCACGCCUCCUCUGUGGGCGCCAUGUCAGAGGGACUGGAGGAUGUUGGGUGAGGAAGGCCGUGACCCCAGACCCUAAUUCUCAGGGCUCCACCCCUCCUUCCCAGGCGGCCGGUGGGUAGGAACAGGGUAAGAAGGCAGAGCUUUGGGCCGGAGGUGGGGGAGGGCGGGCAAGAAGUGGCUGGACUGUUGUGCACACCCCACCCUGUCUGGAGACAGGUCCGGGGCUGUGCCCCUCACCACAGAUGAUGAGAUAGGGCUUCCAGAUUAAACUUCACUGUGUUUUUUCUA